CUCUCUCUCUCUCUCUCUCUCUCUCUCUAUUCUUUCUCCGUGUAUGUAUAUUUAUAUGUAUAUGAAUUGGCGUACAAUCGAAGUUGGCAUCUAGGGUUUUGCCGGCUUGUGUUGGAGUUGAACCCUAAGGGGUGGGAUCUGUUUCUAGCUGCAAAAUCAUCGGGUUCAGAUGAAAAUUCGACUGUUCCGUGAGCAAAACGCAGAGCUGUUGCGGACAUGUAUAGUGAUAAUCUCAUAGGCUUUAGUCUCGCUUUCGCUUCCAGCAUCUUCAUCGGAUCCAGUUUCAUCAUCAAGAAGAAGGGUCUCCAGCGCGCCGGCGCCUCCGGCCCCCGUGCCAGUUCAGGAGGAUAUGGUUAUCUGCUGCAGCCUCUUUGGUGGAUCGGAAUGGUCACUAUGAUUGUUGGAGAGUUGGCCAAUUUUAUUGCAUACAUCUAUGCUCCAGCCGUGCUUGUAACACCACUUGGAGCAUUAAGUAUAAUCGUUAGUGCCGUUCUUGCACACUUCUUAUUGAAGGAGAAACUCCGAAAAAUGGGCAUACUGGGUUGUGUUCUGUGUGUUGUUGGAUCUACUAUGAUUGUGCUUCAUGCACCUAGUGAACAUAGUUUAAGUUCAGUGGAUGAAAUCUGGGUCUUAGCAACACAACCAGCUUUUCUGUUGUAUACAGCCUCAGCAAUAGCUGUGGUGUUGGUGCUAGUGUUGUACUGCGAACCACGUUAUGGGCAGACAAACAUAAUGGUUUAUAUUGGCAUAUGUUCAAUAAUUGGAUCUUUGACGGUUAUGAGUAUAAAAGCAAUAGGAAUUGCCAUAAAGCUUACAUUGGAGGGUUCAAGCCAAGUAGCACACUUUCAAACAUGGGUUUUUGCUAUGGUAGCAGUUACGUGUAUAAUCACUCAGUUGAAUUAUUUAAAUAAGGCUUUGGAUACUUUUAACACAGCAGUUGUAUCUCCAAUCUAUUAUGCCAUGUUCACAUCCCUAACCAUUUUUGCCAGUGCCAUAAUGUUCAAGGAUUGGUCUGGUCAGAGUGCCAGCAAUAUUAUAUCUGUGCUUUGUGGCUUCAUUACCGUGCUUUCGGGUACUAUGGUUUUGCACAGUACGAGAGAACCAGAUCCACCUUCUGUUACAGAGUAUUCGUCACUUUCUCCUCAAAUAUCCUGGAUUAUCCAUGCCAAUGGUGAGAUAUGGAAGCAUAAAGACGACGAUGAGUUGCACCCUGAAUAUAUUGGAAUAAUUCGUCAAGAUCAUUUCAAGUAACACAAAGAUGCAUCAGUUCUUCUCAAAAGCCUAAUGCAGGCUGUGGAAGCUGGUGCCUAGGAGCAACACAUGAAGUACUCAAAAAAGUGAUUGGGGGAUUGGUGCUUCAAGUUUGCAGAUCCACUUCAGUUCAUCACUUUAGCAGGUUGAGGGUCACUGUUGAUUUCGCGUGCCAAUUUUUUUAAUGGUAAUCUUUUUGGAGUUCUAGUAUUUUGCUGCUUUUUUUCUUUCUUUUUUAUUAUUUUUAUUUUUUGGUGGGUUGGUUUAAUGUACUAGUAGUGUAAAUGUCUUUAACUUAUUCUUUAUGGUUUUGCAUCACUGCAUGCCAUAUAGGUUCAUCUGUAUUAUUUGUACAAACCAGGCGGCAUGAGGACUGUAAGAAUUAUCAGACCCCUUUUGCUUUUCAGUGAAGAGCAAUAGCAUUGUGCUAUUUUAAAUUA